CUCUUUAUUUUGCUUUAGCCACUUUCACAUAAUAAUGAACAUUCAAUCACAAAGUCUCCACUUACUUUUCAACUUCCAAGGGUUGCUAUGUAGCCAUUUCUUCAUCUAUAUAUAAUCAUAUUCUAGCUUUAUCAUUGGUGCCUAGCAAUGUUUUCAUUCAAAUGUGCUACUUGAUUCUAUAAGAAAGCUUCUCAGCAGAUGUUAUUGAAAAGCUUAAGAGCCUUGAUAGAAUCAUCUGCAAUUUCUGAAUCGCCACAGGUGAACCUUUCUCAAAACUUCAUUUGUUGCAAGCUUUUCCAAAUUGAAGUCCAUUUUAGGAGUAAAGUCAUACAUGGCAAAAGCUCAGGACAUAGCAUUGUACAUCACAGUGUGCUGCAUUGCUUUCAUUAUAUCCAAGACAAUCAUUGCAGUCCUCUGCUAUCAAAGAUGGAAAAAAAAGCACUUAGUUCAUGAAGGCGGCUUCUCAGGAGGGAAGAUGGUUAUGUUUAAGUCUGCAGUACUGCAAUCUCUAACAUCUGAUAUGUUUUUGAAGAAGACAUUAAAACUGAGCAACAAGGACAUAAUUGGCUCAGGAGGGUAUGGAACUGUUUAUAGAUUGACACUGAAUGAUUCCAUGGCCUUUGCUGUUAAAAGACUAUACAGGGGAAGUGCAGAGAGAGAUCGAGGUUUUGAAAGAGAGUUGGAAGCUAUGGGGGACAUUAAGCAUAGGAAUAUUGUCACUCUUCAUGGAUAUUACACUGCUCCUCACUAUAAUCUUCUCAUAUAUGAGUUAAUGCCUAAUGGAAGUUUAGAUGCAGUCCUACAUGGGAGAUCAAACGACCAAGAGAGCUUGGAUUGGCCAUCCAGAUAUAAGGUAGCACUAGGUGCUGCAAGAGGAAUUUCAUACCUGCAUCAUGAUUGCAUCCCCCAUAUAAUCCAUAGAGAUAUCAAGUCCAGUAAUAUACUGCUGGAUCAGAACAUGGAAGCUCGAGUCUCUGAUUUCGGAUUGGCCACCUUGAUGGAACCUCAUAAGACUCAUGUUUCUACCUCUCCAGCUGGAACUUUCGGAUACUUAGCUCCUGAGUAUUUUGAAACAGGGAAAGCCACAGUGAAAGGGGAUGUUUAUAGUUUUGGAGUUGUUCUACUGGAACUUUUAACUGGAAAGAAACCAACAGAUGAUGCAUUCUUUGAGGAAGGAACUAAGCUUGUGACAUGGGUGAAAGCAGUUGUUGGAGAUGAGAGGGAAGCGUAUGCACUUGACAAGAGACUGAAGUAUGGUCCAAUCAAAGAGAUUAACAACAUGUUCAGAAUUGCAAUGAUGUGCCUUGAACCAGAGCCUACUAAGAGACCUACCAUGAUUGAGAUUGUCCAGAUGCUUGAGCGAGCAAAAUCAGAGAAAGUUGCAUUUGAUUGUUAGGUACUGCUCAUCAGCUAAUCCUUUUCCAGGCAAAGUUAAUUGAUGUUCUGAACAGACUGAAAGAGAAGAGUCAACUGAAAGAGAAGAAUCAUUUUAUUUUUUAUAUAUUAUGAAGAUGCAGAAUGUUAUAAACAUAAUCUGCUAGAGUUGCAAAUGGCU